UACCAUGAUAUCGCUGUUCCACUCUAUAGAGCGUCAAUAGGAGGAGACUUUAAAGCUGCACAAGUUAUCCUUCAGGGUCGUGAAUAUUUGGUACGGUACAGUAUCACUGAAAAAAAGGAAACACCACUUCACGUUGCAGCAGCGGGCCAUAGCACCAAGUUUGUGAGUAUCUUGUGAACAUGAUGAGUUCGGUUGACAUGGAACUGCAGAACGAAGAUGGCUAUGCAGCCUUCUGUAUAGCAGUUAUCUCCGGAAAGGUUGGUAUGGCUGAAAGUAUGAUUGAGAAGAAUCGGGCGCUGCUAACAAUUUGUGGCAGUAAGAAUACGAUGCCACUCUAUCUGGCUGCUUUACAUGGAAAAAGUAAGAUGACUCAUUUUCUCUAUGAUCAGUCUGAUAGAAUGAUGGGUAACAGUUGGACAUACGACAACAUGAAUGCGGUUUUCUUGCAAUGUAUCCAGGCUGGCAUCUUCGAUAUUGCACUACGAAUACUGGAGGACAAUAUAAAACUUCCUCAUGAUAAGCAGCAUGUAUGUGAUGUGCUCCAGGCAUUGGCUCAAAACCCUGGGGCGUUUCCUAAUAACAGUCGGAAUACAAUCAGUCAGAUCAGAUCAGGUGAGGCGUGA